AUGACGAUCCCGGUGCGCCUGCCCUCGCUUCUUGAUACGGACCUGUACAAGUUUACGAUGCAGCAGGCCGUGCUGCAUCACUUUCCCGAUACGCAAGUAACAUACCACUUUACGAACCGAGCCGGCGACAUGCUCUUUACUCGGGAGUGUGCGGACCAGAUCCAGCUUGCGAUCAACCAUCUUGGCACGCUGCGACUGACGCCUGAUGAGCUGGAAUGGCUGCGCACGUCAUGUGCGUACUUGCGCGAGCCGUACCUGUCAUUUCUUCGCGAGUUUGCGCUGCGGCCCGCGGAGCAGGUGCAGCUUUGCUAUACGCCGGUCAACGAUACACAUGGCACGCUCGGCAUCGACAUUCGCGGCGCCUGGAAGGAUGUGAUACUGUAUGAAGUGCCUGUGAUGGCGAUCAUUAGCGAGACAUAUUUUGCCAUGUGCGAUACGGAUUGGCGUCUGGAUGGCCAGCGCGAACAGGCAUACCGCAAGGGCAGGGACCUGUUGGAACACGGCAUUGUCCUGAGCGAGUUUGGCACACGUCGAAGACGUUCGCUUGCGACGCACGAAGCCGUGAUGGAUGGUCUGGUGCAGGCUCACAAGGAUGUACAGGCGGCUCAUUUGCCCAAAGCGGGUCGCCUCCUCGGUACCAGCAACGUGCACUUGGCCAAGAAGUAUGGGCUCGUGCCGAGCGGCACCAUUGCGCACGAGUGGACGAUGGGUAUUGCGACGCUGAUGGGAUACGAGCACAGCAAUCUACAUGCGCUAUUGCUUUGGGAUAAGGUGUACCAGCCCCCGGCCUUUACUCCGACGCAGCCUUCGGAGGACCUGACGAUCGCGCUGACGGACACGUUCAGCACCAAGGUGUUUUGGGAAGAUAUCACGUCCAAUCCACUUGGCUCGGAUAUUCUCAAACGCUGGCGCGGCCUGCGACAGGAUUCAGGCGACAGUGGCGCCUUUGUACAGCAUGCACUGGACAUGUACCGCAAGAUGGGCAUCGAUCCGUCCACCAAGCUCGUCAUUUUCUCCGACGGCCUCAAUGUAUCGCGCUGCAAGGAGCUGCAGCGCAUGGCCGAAGAAUGCGGCAUUCGUGCUGGGUUCGGGGUAGGAACGAACCUCACGAACGACUUCUGCCGGGUGUCUGACGGCACCCCGAGUCGGGCCCUCAACAUGGUGAUCAAGCUUAGCUCCGUGCAGGGUAAGCCGGCUAUCAAGAUCAGCGAUGACCUCACGAAGAACACAGGUGAUCCAGACGAAGUGGCGUACGUACAGCUAUGA